AGGUUCACCCUUUUGACAUAACAGAGGUUCCUUAUCAGUUCUUGAUUCCACCUCAUAUUAGAACAGGUUUCUUCCUUUGUGGAUAAUUGACAUCAGGAAUCAUGAAGUUGUCGGUGUUUUUGUUGACGCUUAUGGCAGGUCAUGGAUUAUGCUUUCUACUUGACGACGAUUCCUUACAAAACCUCAUUUCCCUGAUAUCGACAGAGAAAAAGAUGCGCGCGCAGGUUGAAGGGGAAAUACUGGUGCUGCAACAAAAUGUCCAAAAACUGAAGAAUGAACAUAUGGAUAGUCUUUGCAAUUGCCCGUCCACUGGUGUUGUGGCGUUCUCAGCUACAAUCACUAAAGACGUGACUAACUUCGGGUCCCACCAGCCCCUGGUUUUCGACAAGGUCAUCACCAACGUUGGCGGAGCGUACGACUCACGGCAUGGAACGUUCCGGGCCCCAGUUGACGGCAUAUACCAGUUUUCUUUCAGUGCGCUGCAGGGCACCCCAACAAUGUGGCUUGGACUAGAGUUGGUGCGCGACGGUGUCGUCAUAGGGCGCGUAAAAACGGGUGACAACGGCUACUACAACCAAGGAACGAACGUCAUUAACGCGCGUCUAAAGGCUACAAAUGACGUCUGGGUACGUCACAUGACCGAUUCGGACAACAAACACGUCGUUGCUGACGGUGGAUACUUCACGUCCUUCUCGGGACAUUUGAUCGCUUCUGAGUGAAGUUGACAUACGCAUUUGGUUGUGUGUUACUGAUUGGAAAAUAAAACAAAUUCUGGUGG